AUGAUCUCCUCUGCAUAUGGGAGGGUGUCGUGGGAUGCAGGUGUCUGGCUCUAUCAGCCACUUUCAAAGAACUCACAUGGAAGCGGGAGAACCCAAAUAACUUGCAAAGCGUCCUGUAGGAUUAGCACAUGGGUUAAAUAUGACGGGCGGCGAGCUUCAGGUCGCGUCUGCAUCGUGAAGGGAGCGCCCCUCAUAAUAGCAGCACGGGAAAAGCACCACGCCGCACCAGCAGCAGGGCUUCCGCGCGGUGGCACGACCAAGAAUAACCAGAAUGCGGACAGCCAGCUCUCCUCAAAGGAGGAUGAUGCACGAGAUGCGCGGAGGCAAGUGAAGCGUUUCCAUGAUCGACAGCCAAAGUUCGGUAGCCCGGAAGCAGCAUGGUUAGCAUUGGAUGCGAGCGACUUCAGCAGAGGUGCGGGCCUUGGCAUGAAGUUGGGUGCGGAAUCUUCAGCUGAAGUGGGAACAGGAGGCGUCGGGUUGGCGCGGCCUUUCUCCCACAGUGCAGCGCACGCCGAGAUCCGAAGGAAUCCUCGAACAACGGGCGAGCUGGACCUUACACCCACUUUCCCACACCAUCACACCCUCGACCGCCACCAAAGCACCCUGAGAUCAAGCUUCAUCGCGAGCCUGUUUUGUCGCGACGCCUGCACUGCGGCCGCCAACCGAACUUCAAGCUCCUCCACGCGCGUCUGGAGGGAAGCCAUGAAGCCUUUGGCAAUGAAAAGUAAAGUCACUGAGCUCGAUCUCCUCCUGUCAUGCUUGGAGGAGAGCUGCCGGCCUUCGGCUUUUAUCUUCCUUCUCAAUGCGACUUUACCGUUCUUGACAUUCACUGCGAAAGCCAGAUCUGAAGUGUCUGGAUCGCCAGCCACUAGCGCCAGCCAUAAAGUACCUGGGCUGGCCAAAGGGUCUCGAUACAUCUCGCGACAAGAAGAGAAAGAGCCGCAUACCAAGCUUCACAAUGGUGGCUCCCACAGGACGCCCCCGGCCUUCUUGUGCUCUCACAAGCGCCGAGCCGAGGACGCUAUUGUGCGGAGUUUCCCAAAGGACACCAACUUUGCAAUAUCAAGCCCCUCCAAGACGGCAACAAAUAUUCGCACUCAUGACGGCGUGCGAUGGAACGCGCGUGACAGAUAUCAAACCCUCAUAACCUGCUUCGGUACAACCUCAAAGCAAAAUGACGCAUGGGUACGCCGUGAGUGGUUGACUUGUAAAUUUAUGCCCGAGUCGCUUCCUCUUUGGGCCAUUUUCUUCAAAACAGCGGACGGGGAUGCCGUUGCCACGCGGCAACUGAGUUUAGGUCUUUUCUUCUUCGAAGGCAAAACACACUCGGAAACUAAUCUUGAGAAGCAUUCAGUUUCAAAAGAGAAAGAGGAUAUAAGGAGAGGGUUUAAUUUCUGGCAUGUUAGUACUUGGAGCUUGCAUUGGCCAUCAAGCAGGGAGUCGAGGACAGCGCCUCUUUCACUGCGUGCCCAGCUGCACCAGCAAGAAACAUAUUAA